AUGGUUUACCCGUGCUUUGAUGAACCAGCAUUGAAAGCAACCUUUAAAACUAGGAUUGUCCACAAUUCCAGUUAUGUGGCCCUCUCUAAUAUGCCAGCUAUAGCUAUGUUCGAAAGGGAGGAUGAAAAUGGAACUAAAUGGAUGGUUACCACAUUUAACACUACUCUGAAAAUGUCAACCUAUAUCACUGCAUUUGUGGUAUGUGACUUUGAUUACGUGAAUAUGACGGAAAGGGGCAGUGAGAUACGAGUUUGGGCGCGGAAGGAAGUAAUACAAAAGGGAUAUGCAAACUUUGCUUUGGCCAUUGCAGGGCCAAUGCUUUCAUUUAUGGAGGAUUUUCUGAAUGUCUCAUAUCCACUGCAGAAAACAGAUUUUGUAGCAAUGCCUGACCUUGGUGUUGGUGCAAUGGAAAAUUGGGGAUUAAUUACUUUUCAAGAAAGCUCAUUGAUGUAUAACCCAAACCAAAAAUUCAGCACUUCUAGAGCGUUGACUUCUCUGAUUGUUGCUCAUGAGAUAGGACACCAGGCAUGUGUGGUUUGGAAACCUUGUUACCAUGAAGUGGUGGAACGAUAUAUGGCUUAA